UAAUAAUAAUAAUAAUAAUAAUAGAGCAGAGCACUAUGGAAGAGACAUUUGUGCCUUUUCGCGGGAUCAAGAAUGAUCUUAAGGGCAGGUUGUUGUGUUACAAACAAGAUUGGACUGGUGGCUUCAGAGCUGGCUUCAGGAUUUUGCCUCCUACCACAUAUAUUCUUUGCAUCUGCAAUCCCAGUCAUUUCAUUUGGGGAACAACUAGAUAGAAACACUGAGAGACCAGAUUUGGGUCACAAACUGUUUCUUCCAUGGACUGGAUGGGUGUGCGUGUGGACUGCAAUCUUGCUAUUCUUACUGGCUAUCUUGGGAGCUUGCUCCAUUAUCAACAGAUUUACUCGAAACGGAAUAAUGAUAUAA